AUGUCUUCCAUUAAGAUUGAAUGUGUUUUGCCAAAGAACUGCCGGUGUGGUGAGUCUCCAGUGUGGGAGGAAAGAACCAGGUCUCUGCUCUUUGUAGAUAUUCCUGCAAAAAAGGUUUGCCGCUGGGAUUCACUUACCAAGCAAGUGCAGCAAGUGACUGUGGAUGCCCCUGUCAGCUCUGUGGCCCUUCGCCAGUCUGGAGGCUAUGUUGCCACAGUUGGAACAAAGUUCUGUGCUUUGAACUGGGAAGAUCAGUCAACAGUUGUCCUGGCCACUGUGGAUAAAGAUAAGAAAAACAAUCGAUUCAAUGAUGGAAAGGUGGAUCCUGCUGGGAGAUACUUUGCUGUUGCCAGAGGAUCAGUGUUUGUGAAAAUGGAGAGAAAGGACUCCUCUAUUACUCCUCAAGAGAUCCAGAAACAUGGCUCAGGUUGGAACAUGUGCUAGAACUAUGAUUUAAAUAAAAUAUUUGGUUAUCUAGGGAAAAGACUUCAAACUGUGAAAUUGCCUGUUGAUAAAACAACUUCAUGCUGCUUCGGAGGGAAAGAUUAUUCUGAACUGUAUGUGACCUGUGCACGGGAUGGGAUGGAUCCUGAAGGUCUCUUGAGGCAGCCUGAAGCUGGUGGCAUUUUCAAGAUAACUGGCCUGGGUGUCAAAGGAAUUUGCCCCUACCAUUAUGCAGGAUAA